AAGGCUUCAGCUCUUAAAGUUUUGAACACGUUAUAUAUUUACAAUAAAUUACUAUUAUCAGUGAUAGUUUUUACGAUUAACGUAAAGUGAAUGACAGGGGGAAAUAACUCAGUUUUGUAGUCAGUGUAAACAAUGAAUGAAAAUGUGAAGAAGUUUAACUUCACAUAUAUUGUUCGUAUAUGGUUUGCAGUCAUGUCGAUUGUAAAUCUUGGAGAUUCAUUUCAGUUUUUUCUUAACCACUCUUUGUUAUCAACGCAAUUUUAUACUUUAUCGCAACAUUACGCUAAUCCUGCCUUUGGACGGAUCUACGGAAUACUCCUCUUUUUGUUGGCAGCUUUAAGAUUCUCGUGUGCGAUUAAUAUUCACAAUAAAAGCAUUUACAACUUGACAUUGCUGUCGUUUACAUUAUUGUUUGGGAACAUUCUUCUGGAACUAUUUGUAUUCAAAUCAGCAAGUGUGAACUUCUACAUUCUUCUUAAUCUUUUCUUAUCUGGUGUAUCAAUCAUAUUGUUGUUGCUGGGGUUUUACUUUGUGCGCCUAGAACCAUCCUCAUCGGAUAGGACAGAACAAGAAAAACAUGAACGGAAGAAAAAGUAUUGACUGUGAUUCGUGUAAAUGCCACGGAUUUUAUUGUUGUAAAAAUUCGAAUAGUUGUGGUUAAAACUGCAUGUGACAAUUAGUAUUUCUUUGAAGUAAAUGUCUAAAAAUAAAAAUGUGCUUAGCCAUAUUUGAAAGCCCUUAAAAACAUGAGCGCAAUUGUGUACAUUUUUUUUCUUCAGCUGGUCAAUGCAGUUAUUAAUCUAUAUGUUAAAGGAAAACAAUGUACCCCACUGCGCUUAUAUGUAACUUUUUAAAAGAUGCAAAAGUCCAGUUGGCCGUCCUCUUUAUAAAUGGAUUUUGUGUGAACUCGCAUUACCAUUCAUAAUGUUACUUGUCUGGUCACGUGAUAUACAUUCGACCUGAUUGUCUAUGACAUAUUAUUCAUUAUUAUACUUUCAUGUUAAAUACUGAAAUCUGAUUGGUUUAGACGCAGUCGAUAAUCCGUUCUAUUACCCUCAGCCUAUUACCCUCAGCGUUAGCAACACACUUAGCAACGGGUAACAACGAAUUGUUACAUGCGCGUAAAUUAUGCGCGUACGGUUCGCCGUAGAAUACACGUCAUUUCUAUAUAAAAGCAGUAAAAAUAAACUGUAAAAUUAAGACAUUCAGUAUAAUAAAAUUAACAUUGCCUGUUUGGGAGGAUAACAGUUGAAAUUGACACCCCGAGUAAACCAUUGUCAACCUCCGCUUCGCGUCGGUUGACAAUGGUUUCCUCGGGGUGUCAAUCUCCGCUUCGCGUCGGUUGACAAUGGUUUCCUCGGGGUGUCAAUUUCAACUGUUACCCUCCCAAACAGGCACUAUUUAUAUACUAAUGCAUACAUGCAUUUUAAAGGGUGAUAUAUUAAAAAUGUCACGUGAUAUGUGAACGAGUCCUUUCUUUUCUAUUUAAUUUCUUCAUAUUCCUAUCGUCUACUAUACUAAGGCCCACAUACUAAUAUUCACUUCCAUUCAUUAAAACAAAAGGUGCCACUAUCAAAAACGUUACUACAUUUGUAUUAUAUAGUUCAAAAUGAAACCCCAAUCAAUCGACAAUACGUCAAUCAUUACAUAAAAAAAACCCGACUUUGUCAAAAUCGCCCACUCUUGUUUGAAAAUCAUUGAAGAGUAUCUUAACUCCUUCUUUAUAAUACUCUUGGAAAGAAAAUAUAUGAUAAAACUGAGACUGAUUUUUUUUAAAGUUUAUACAAUGUAUAUGUCUAAAACACAGUUAUAUUUUGAAGUGUUUCGAACCCUACAGAAUCCCUUCAUUUAGAAGGAAGAAACAAAGCGCUAUACCCACGUCUUUAAACAAGAGAUAGACAAAGUGUUUUUGAAACUAACAAUACCUAUGUAAAAGCUUCAUGACAAUACGUUCACAUUUGUUUGAAACACGCGUUUCUUUGCAAAAAUAAGCUAAUAUUUAGCAAACAUACUAAGGAAACUCUAUGGACAACUUAAAAAAAGUAUACAAACCUUUACAUUCAUUUUAUACCCAUUUAAAUAAGUAUCCAUACAAUGUAUAUAUAGUGUAUAUAUAACAUACACAACAGCACACAGUAAAAACUGGAUGCUAUAAAUUGACAGAAAACAAAUGAAAAUAUCACAAAGGCAUUGUAUUAAAACAAAACUAGUAACUGGUAAUAAAAGAAAUAAAAAAAUAGGAAUACUGAGUUCUCUGAAUAUGUCCCACCACACUCUAUACAGAUUGAUCAUGAUUAAUUGAAAAUAUCACAGUUGUACAUCAUAACAGCUAGGGUUAAAGUGUACUGUAAUUAACUCCAAGCUGUUUCCACAUUUAUAUCUCCUGACAUCACUGCCUUAAAACAAUGAAAGAAUAAUGUGUUUCAAAUGAAACAAAUGCACAUCUUGAAUUAGAACAUGGAUAUCACAUGUGAACCCAGUAUUGCCUUAAAACCACUCCAUUCCUUGAAAGUAAUGAAGCUAAGGAUACAAAAUGGCUGAUGUUCAUUGCCCCAUGUAUAAGGACAAAUUUGUUCCAUUCUUUUAAUUGACACUGUACAACGUAAACAAAAUGUGUAAAAUACUAGUACCACAUAUUUUAUACUCCAGUGGUAAUGACUAGUUUCCACCUGAAUAGAUAGGUAAGAAUACAUUUACAAGAACUAGCAUUUACAUCUGAUUUUGAAAUCAAUGUCUAGCAUGAAAUAACUCGCAGCAAAAAACAAGUACCGUAUCAAAAUUUGCUGAUUGAUUGCUCCAACCAGCGGUAAGCAAUCUAUGCUUUAGUGCAAAAAGUUGAUGCAGGUAAGUAUAGAUAUUGAUGUAAACGCUGAUAAUAAGGAGGAGUUGAGGACACUACAAAGCAGAGCAACCUCAUCCAGAGAACGUGGGUGUCUAAAAGUCUGAAAGGAUGAACAGAAUGAAAGAAAUUUCAAUCAUAUUGCACACAGCUAGGUAUUACACUGCAUGGGACCUUAUUACUUCUUUAAAUUUAUGCAUGCACCCUUUUCUUUAAGAUACAUGAAAACGACUCAGUUGCAAGGGGUCAAUAAAGUGACCUCUCAGGUACGUGUAUCUUGCAUGCCCAGAAUAAAGUUGUAUAUAUGUACAUUGUAUAAAAAUCGUGCAUGGAAAGGUGGAAGAAAAGUACAGAAAUUACAUAUACCUCUUGCUUCUUCAUUUAUAAUAUGCAAAUAGUGAUGUAAAAAUACUUUAAAAGAAAUAUCAAAUGAUGAAUUUAACAAUUUGACACCAGUAUGCAAAAAGAAUAAGUUCAAACCAGAUAAAUUCAGACAGGCAGACUUAAUUAAUACCAAAUCCAUCUGUAUUUAAUUGCAUGAUCCAUUGAUAAUUGAAACAUCGGUAUGUGCAAAAAAAUAAAGUCCAAACCGGAUAAAUUCAUACAUAGUGACUUUAAAACAAAGCCUUGUGUAUUUAAUCACAUGACCAAUUAAUAAAAGAAACUUAGGUAUGUGAAAAAAA